AGCUGGCAGUCGGGGUAGCGGCAGCGGCCCCAGGCCAGCGCCAGCAGAUCGGAUCCGGCCACUGGCCCAAAGAGCACUGGGCCGACGGGUUUCCCAAACCAUCCGAGCCGGCCACCGGCCACGAACAGUCAGCAGUCCAGCCUGUGCCGCCGCCGUAGAGUGGAACCUCAGCUUGCUGCCGGCUGCCGCCAGGCCGGGAACUGGAGAGCGUCCUCAGGAUCACCCGGGCGACACAGAGAGCACGGGGCACAGGCGGAAUACAAGACAGCACCGCGGACAGCCACCGCGGACAGCACGCAGCCAAGGCGGAGAGGACACGAAGCAGCUUGGAGAGCAGAAAGUGACAUACUUGACGUUCAUCACGACGACCACCACGAUGUGCGCGGUCAGAGAGCUGCUGCCAAUCAAAAGCUCGCCAUCCAUUUGAGAACCCAACACGAGAGACGAGCCUUUCGAGUGCAAUGUGCGCGGCAAGAAAGUCGCUACGAAUGCAUCUCAAAAUAUAACCAGGAAAGAAACCUUUUGACAGCAUAAUGAGUGAUGAGAAGUUUUCGCAAAACGGUGAUCUGCAAGAGUAUGAGCGCAUUCACACAGGAGAAAAGCCCUAUGAAUGUAACGUGUGCCACAAGAAAUUUCCUCGGAGAGGUGCCCUGGUCAUCCACAACCGGACCCACACUGGAGAGAAGCCUUACGGGUGCGACGUGUGCGACUACAGGUGCACCACGAGUGGAAGUCUCCAGGUACACCUCCGAACCCACACCGAGGAGAAGCCCUUCAGGUGCGACAAACUGCAUUUACCGCUUAUCGCCAUGUUGAUGCAAGGCGAUGAUGACGUUGUGCCACACAAACCCGCCACCAAUUUGAAAAGGCGCACAGAAGAGGCGUUCGAACUCGAGUGUCAUUUUUGCAACAAGAAAUGUGCGACGAAUGCCAGUCGGCGAGUGCACAUCCGAAUCCAGCAUACAGGGGAGAAGCCCUACGAAUGCUCUGAGUGCGAUGAGAAGUUUCCGGACCACUCUUACCUGGAGAGACAUGUCGUGCGCAUUCACUCGGGAGGAGGGCGAGCCUACGAGUGCACCGUGUGCCGCAAGAGAUUUUUUGAAAAACAUCAUCUGGAAGUCCACAGCCGGACCCACACCGGAGAGAAGCCUUACGGGUGCAACGUGUGCGACUACAGGAGCGCCACGAGUGGAACUCUCAACGUACACCUCCGCACCCACACCGGGGAGAAGCCAUUUGGGUGUACGCUGUGCGACAAGAAAUUCUCGCAGAAUGGAGGCCUGCGCGAACAUCUCAAAACUCACACAGGAGAAAAGCCCUACGAGUGCUCUCUGUGCGACAGGAAAUGUAGAUCAAGUGGUGCACUGCGAUCACACCUGCGAACCCACACAGGUGAAAGAAGGGAGCGCGGUGCAGGUGCUUUGUGUGACAAGAAGUUUGCGCGACGUGGCCGUCUGCGUGCUCACCAUGGUGGGGGAGAACAACAGGAGUCUCAAUACGAAUGCUCUGUAUGCAACAGGAAACUUCAGAGUAGCAGUGAGCUUCGUAUGCACAUGCGCAUCCACACAGGAGAGAAGCCGUAUGAAUGUAAUGUUUGCAACAAGAAAUUCGCAAACAGUCACAAUCGGAAAGUACAUCUCAGAACCCACACGGGGGAGAAACCUUUCGAGUGCACAGUGUGUGAGAGGAAGUUUGCGCAAAGCGGUGAUCUCCAAAGACAUGUGCGCACACACACAGGAGAAAAGACCGCUGAAUGUGCCGUGUGCGGCAAAAAAUUUGCUGACAAAAAAGGACUGGUUAGCCACAGCCGGACCCACACCGGAGAGAAGCCUUACGGGUGCGACGUGUGCGACUACAGGUGCACCUCGAGUGGAAAUCUCAAGGCGCACCUCCGCUCCCACACCGGGGAGAAGACCUUUGGGUGUACGGUGUGCGACAAGAAAUUCCUGGUGGCUGAAUACCUGCGCAAACACCUGAAAACCCACACAGGAGCAAAGCCCUUCGAGUGCUCUCUGUGCAACAGGAAAUUUAGUGAAAGUGGGGCAUUGCGAGGUCAUCUCCGAACCCACACGGGAGAAAAGCCAUUUCAGUGCGGUGUAUGCAGCAAGAGUUUUAACAGGGGUGAACAUCUUCGAAACCAUGAACGUGUUCACACGGGAGAGAAGCCGCAUGCGUGCACGAUGUGCGACAGGAAGUUUGCGAGAUCUAGCAAUCUACACACUCACCUUCUCCUCCACCAAAGGGGAUUUAAGGAACACGAAUGCCUUGUUUGCAGCAAGAAAUUUAAGCUUAGAAAGUAUCUGAGUAGUCACAUGCGCAGCCACACGGGAGAAAAGCCCUUCGAGUGCGGUGUAUGCAACAAGAAAUUCGCUGGCAGUGAGAUACUUAAAAUUCAUCUCCGAACCCACACUGGGGAGAUGCCAUUCGAGUGUUUCGAGUGCAACAAGAAGUUUAGGAGCUCAUCGAAUCUCCAUACACAUCUCCGAACCCACGCCGAAAGGAAACCUGUCGAGUGUUCUGUUUGCAACAAAACAUUAGCGCAUUCUUCGUCCCUGAAGAGUCACAUUCGCCGACUCCACUCAGACUGCACAGGCAACCAAGUUCAGUGUACGGUUUGCCAGCGGGAAUUUAGGACGAACGCAGACUUGCGUUCACACUUUCGAAGGCACACGGGGGAGAAGCCGUUCCAGUGUUCUGUCUGUCGAGAGAAAUUCUCGCGUUCUUCUGAGUUGCGACCGCACCUCCGCCGCCACCACACGGGAGAGAAGCCCUACGAGUGCACUAUGUGUGGCAAGAAAUUUGUGGACAGCGGCGAACGGAAUGUACACUCACGCACCCACACGGGAGAGAGGCCCUACGAGUGCACCAUGUGCGGCAAGAAAUUCGCGACCAGCGGAAAACUACGCAAGCAUCUGCGAACCCACUCGGGAGCUGAGAAUCCGGCAGACAAGCGGCGUGCAGACCGUGGCAAGAACUGUUCGCGUGGUGACAGUGUGCGGUUAGAGGCCCGCUCCGACGAGCUAGAAAGACCUUAUAGGUGUACCGAGUGCGGACGCCUAUUUUUAGACAGUUGUAAUUUGUUAGUACACCUCCAGGAACAUUUGUCGUGUGAAUAA